UUCAGUUUUAGUACAAAUUACAAUAAAAAUGAAAAUUCAACCAUGUCAAUUAUUUUAGGGCAGAGUACAUAUAAUCCAAAUGACAUAAAAUUCAGAUGAGAAUGUGAACGCCCCUGAUUGUAGACAAUUGAGAAGAACCGCCAUUAAAACAUCGUCACUAUAAAUAAAACACCUUUUUCUUGUUGAACUCAAGAAGAAAAACAAAAUCAGAAAGACCGCAUCACUAAUAGUUCGGCAUCUGCGGAAUAAUUUCAUCAAUGGAUUCCGCCGCUGUUAUCCACGGUAUCAAUCAUAUCGGGAAUUCGCUUCCUGUUGAAAACGUUCAAGAACUUGCUUCCAAAAAAUUAACAGCCCUCCCACCUCGAUACAUCCAAUCUGAAAUCAAGACUGACGGUGAAGUUUGCGUCAAAGAUUCAUUACAGAUUCCAGCUAUUGAUAUGAGCAAGCUUGUAGCCGGAACUGGAAGUGAUGAACAUCAAACUGAAAUGUUAAAGCUUCACCAGGCAUGCAAGGACUGGGGAUUCUUUCAGGUGAAAACAAUCCUUUGCAUAUUUCCAAUCAAAAUAGUGUUCCAUGCUUGUUAACAAUUUAGAUAUAAUCAUACUGAAUUCGAUGCUCUGGAACAGUUAACUAAUCAUGGAGCAACAACAGCAGUCGAAAAUAUGAAGACGGCUACAAAGGAAUUCUUUCAACUGCCAUUGGAAGAGAAGAUGGUCUAUGCACAACUUCCAGGAGGCCUUGAAGGAUAUGGCCAGUCAUUUGUUGUGUCGGAAGAUCAAAAACUUGACUGGUGUGACAUGUUCUAUGUUUGUCCAAUUCCAGUGUCUACAAGGAAUAUGAAAUUCUGGCCCAAAAAUCCUGCAUCUUUCAGAUCAAGCUUAGAGGAAUUCUCGCACGAGAUGCAGAAAACCUGCAUCAGUCUCAUGGAAUUCACCGCGACAAAUCUCGGGGUGAAAUUCAAGGAAUUUGCCAGCAUGUAUGUGGAAUGCACACAAGCAAUAAGAAUGAAUUAUUACCCGCCUUGUGCUCAGCCCGAGAAGGCUAUGGGUAUCACUCCACAUUCUGAUGGAACUCUGUUUACUCUUCUGGUUCAAGUCAAUGAGGUUGAAGGCCUUCAAGUCCGCAAAGAUGGUAAAUGGGUUCCUAUCAAACCUCUUCCUGGAGACAUCAUUGUCAACGUUGGUGAUUCAAUGGAGAUAAUUACCAAUGGGGAAUACAAAAGCAUUGAGCACAGAGCUGUGGUGAAUUCCGAGAAGGAAAGAUUGUCGAUUGCUGCAUUUCACAACCCAAGUGUUGAAGCUAAAAUCGGUCCUCUAUCGGAUCUUGUGAAAGAAAAUGGAGCCAAAUACAAGACGGUGAAGUUUGAGGACUAUAUCAAACAGUUUCUAGGCAGGAAACCAGAUGGGAAAAGUAUGGUUGAUACCGUGAAGAUAUAAAACUACAAAAUUCAGUUGCAUCGCAUGGUGUAAUAAAUUAUAGACAAACCAGACGGUUUAACAUAUCUGGUGUAUUGUUCAAUCGUUGUACGUGUUCUUUUUUCAAUAACGAAUACUCCCUCUGUCUUAAAAUUAUUGUCCACUUCGAGAUUUCACUUUUACUACAAUUUGAACUAAAAAUAAAAACCUAAACUGGACAAUAAUUAUGGGACGGAGGGAGUAAUUUUUAUUAAUUAUGAUGCUGGGAUGGUAUAAGGAAAAUAUGUGUAAAGUGAUAAAUGGAAAUAUAAAUGUUUCUCCAAAUUCAAGAAUAAAUGGCAAAUGACAAGCUCGCUGUGUGAGAAUUCAGUACCAGUACCGAAGGAUCUAGUCAGAAGUAGUCAAUCGAAUGACAGUUGCCUGGUAACGAGAGUCUGUAUCCAGUAUAUCCAGGAGUACCGUGUACUUCCUCCUAUUUUUUACAUUUCUAGUCCUUAUUGUACUUUUUUAUCAAUCUUUUUAUAUUUUGUAAGUUUAGCCCCUGUUAAUUUUUCUCUCUCUUCUAAAAAUAUCUCUCUCUUCUAAAAAAAAAAAUAUCUCUAAUCUUUCAACGAGCAUAUCUCCCAAUCCGUGAAGAAUUUGUGAUCAAAUUACAUAUGAAAUUUAUAGUACUCAUCGAGAUCUAUCCAACA